AUGCAGGCAUUUGUCCCGAAGACCAGAAGGCCCCGGUUUGAGCUUGUUUUAAGGAUCAUUGACAUCAACAAUGUUCCUUUAGGAAAUGGCACCGUGUGGGUAAAAUGGCGCCUUCCAUCAUCAUGUGGUGCGUCGGAAAGCCAGGGUCACACUGAAAAGGCACCUCUUGCGGAUCACCGCGCAUCUUGGAAUUACGAGAAGACCUCUCUGGUGAGGAUCACCAUCGACAGAAAUUCAAUGCUACAAGAGUGCGAUAUCAACUUUGAAGUCAUUCAAGAGUUUCACUCUUCACCUGCCAAUGACAAGAACAUACUCGGCAAAAUCAAGCUCAACCUUUCAGAAUAUGUGGACAAGGUUGACGAGGAGGAAGGCGUGGUUAGGAGAUACCUAAUGUUUGACAGUAAAGUCAACAGCACAGUCAAGAUUGGCAUCGCUAUGCACCAAAUCGAGGGAGAUCGCAAUUUCACCACACCACCUCUGAAAUCGGCCACAGUAUUUGGAGGCAUUGCAAGGGUAGUGCAUACCGCAGAGCCCGGAGAUGCAGACGAACCCGGCAACCUAGCAUCAAUCAGCACCAAAACCAGUGAAAUGGCAGACAUGCAAGACAUGUACCGGCGUACCCUGGCAGCCUCUUGGACGUCCCGAGCUUGCGACUUGCCAGCUGAUAAGCUGAUCGAGGAGCUGUUUACCGGAAGUUCAUCUUGGAACAAUGAUGCCCAUAACGCAGACGAGCCAAGGGACAGCCAUCCAAGCGCCUUUCUCAGCGUAGAAGCAGCUGAACGCCAAAAUCGCUCAGGGAAGAGUCUUUCCCCCAGUUUCGAACGACGACCUAAGAGUUCUAUCAGCGUUCACUCACAUAGUAGUGGGAAGACUCCUGACUCUCUUACUAGUCUUGGGGCUUCACAAAAAAGCAGGGAUCUGGAGCAUCAUUUAUAUGAUGGGAAAGGCCGAAGCUGGAAGAGCAGGAAUGCCGAGCACGAACGCUCUGAAUUCGAUGUCCGAGAGGAUCUACGCAGCUGGGAACUACCAUCUAAAGAAUAG